AUGAAUAUUUAUCAAGAACAAGAAUUUUCAUAUGAAGUAACUCGUAAUCGAUACUUGAACAUGUGUAACGAAUUUGGAUGGCGUUCAAUUACUUGGCAUGAUUUCUUUUCGAAUCCAGAGACGAUUCUUCCAAAAGGUCUCCUUUCCGAAAGUGAUAACACUCUUCCUGAGCAACCAAUUGCACUAUUAAAGAAGGAAGAAGAGCAGGAAUUACCAAGAAGAAGUACUGUACAUUUCCAGGAGGAGCAAGCAACAUUACCACCACUAUUAGCCACUCAAGAAGCUGCUGAUCAUCACCAUCACGGAAAAUCUGGAAAUGAAUUUAAUGAAAGAGUUGUGAUUGCUAUUUCCGAUGAUGAUGAUGAAAGUGAUGAAGAGAUGGCAAACACUUCGCCAGUGAGAAGAAAAUCGAGAAAAUCAUUUGGAAAGCGAGUGAUUGAGGAUCAUUCAGAUUCUGAGGAAGAAUAUGAUUUUGAGAAGGAUAAGGAGAAAGAUGAUGUUUAUUCCAUUGAAAGGAUCAUUAAAAAACGAGUGAAAAAUAAGCUUGUUGAAUACUAUGUGAAAUGGGAGGGAUAUCCAAGUAGUGAAAAUACUUGGGUGAAAGAAUCUGAUAUUGUGGGGCAGGAUAUUAUUGAGGAAUUUGAGGAGGAGGAAAAGAAAAAGAAUGCUUUUGAGCUGAGUGAUUCUUCUGAGGAGGAGGAGGAGGAAGCAAUAUCAUCUGAUGAAGAGGAUUUCAACUUUGACGAGGAGAGUGAUGAGGAAUAUGCUGAAAGUAGUGGAGAGGAUGAUGACGAUGAUGAGGACUAUGACGAAAUGGAAGCAGAAAGUCCACAAAUUAAGAAAUCCAAAACGAAAACAAAAUCCAACCCAAAAAACAAGAUUGAUACCAAUGUUAUUGAAAUUGAUGACGAUGAUGAUGAUUUCCAUGAAAAAUCCAUAUUAACUAACAAAAAGCCAGCAAAAAGUUCCAAAAAUUCAAAGACAUUAACUUUUGAAAAGAUGGAUGCCAAAAAAUUCAAAAAGGUCAGAGAUGAUUUAUUACAGAAAUAUUAUGACGAAUUCAACAAGGUAUGCUUCCAAAACAAACUUCCAGCUAUGAAAGUUACAAAGGGUAAGGCUAAAGAUCUGAAAGGGAAAGCAUAUUUAUUAUGGAAUCAACAUUUGAGGAAAACUGCUGGGUUGUGUAAACUCUUUACAAUCACUAAAUCACAAAUCAAGGUAUGUGCCAUUGAAAUGUCCACAAAGGUUUGUGAUUGUGAAGAGAGACUUGUUCAUACACUAGCUCACGAAAUGUGUCAUGCUGCUUCAUUUAUGUUCGACGGCAUUACAGGCCAUGGUAAAACAUUUUAUUUAUAUGGUGGAAUUAUUCAGAAAUACUAUCCUGACAUUCCAAUCACGACUUGCCACUCAUACGAUAUUGAAUAUAAAUAUCAGUGGCAAUGCACGGAUUGUGGAUCAAUUGUAAAGAGACAUUCCAAAUCUGUUGAUACCACAAAACAAAGGUGUGGAGUUUGCACUGGAAUAUUGGAACCAAUUGGAAAAACCAAGCAACCAACCAAGUAUAAUUUAUUUAUGAAGGAAAAUUACAAGAAACUAAAAGAUAAGAAUCCACAUCUCGAUCGAAAAGAACUAAUGAAGUUAGUAGCUCAAUCCUACAAGGAAUCCAAUCAAUAA